GCUAUUGAUAGUUUUGAAACCAGCCUCAACGGCAGGUCAGGCAAAUAUUGUGUACACCUCACAUUUGGACUGGUUAUUCGGAAGUCUAGGGAUCCAAUAAUUGAGAAGGACAAACACAUGUUCGACUGUUUGAAGACCGAGGCCGAUGGCACCACCACUGAGCCGAAAGUCUCGCGACAUCAAUGA